UCAGACAACUCCUCUUUUCCUCCAUUAAAACAUACAGAAGUCUAAAAAGCAUCAUUUCAGACUUUCUGCUCAGCUGUAUAACAAAACCAUGGCUUCGGCACAUGACAGAGCGGUUUUACAAACCAUCUUCAACCCUACCAGCCCUUUUGGAGAUAUACCUGCGUUAAACCAAGAAGACGAUCUGACGGAUGAUGACAGUGCUUUUGAGCCAGAGCUGGUGAAACAGGUGAAAGAUCUGGAACUGCAGGGAGUUUCAGCAGCUGAAUCUGGAGAUCUGCACGCAGCUCUUCAGCUUUUCAACCAGGCAGUAAUGGUCCUGCCGCAAAGAGCCUCAGCCUACAAUAACAGAGCCCAGACCAAACGUCUACAGGGAGACUCAAAAGGUGCGGUUGAGGACCUUGAGAAGGCCAUCUCUCUAAGCAGAGGCACGGGACGAACAGCAUGCCAGGCUCUGGUCCAGCGUGGGCUCCUCCUCCGGUUGACAGGUCGUGAUGAAGAGGCUCGUGUGGACUUCGAGAAGGCAGCGGCUAUGGGCAGCGAGUUCGCCCGGCAACAGGCUGUAAUCUUGAACCCCUAUGCUGCCCUGUGCAACCGUAUGCUAUCACAGGUCAUCGACAAACUACGCAACCCAGAGACAUCAGAGAUGCAGUAGAUGAGAAUCACAAGCAAAACCACAUGUGUACAUUGUAUUGCAAGAAACCACAUGUAUCUUGUCAAUAAAACCAAUGCUUUUUUCAAAUUCUUGUGACUUUGGAGAGGUAGGGGUUGCAAAGGCUGAAAAAACGAAAUUAAUUUAAAGGUGGUAAACUGUUUGAGAUACAGCUUUUGAAACAUGUAUGUGUAUUUCUCCACCACUAGAUGUCAUCCAAGAUAUGUCAAAAGACAUUUUUUUUGAAAGACAUUGGAAUACACUUCUCUUAAAUGUUUUUGACAUUGUAUUACUGUACAUGAAUAGCGACACACAUUAUCCAUUUAUAUCCACACACUGUAAAAAAAAUCCGUAGAAAUCACAAUGUUAUUGCAGCUGGGUUGCCGGUAAUUUACCGUAGAUUUAAAUUUAUGUUAUUUA